AUGAUGAAAGGGGAAGAUUCAGAGGAAAUAGAGAUUGACUUGGGGGACUCCAGUGACCCUGAUGAAUUUGAUAAUGGGGAGGAACCUCAGAUGCUGUGGAAGGCCCCUCCUGCUUUGGAAGAAGAGGAAAACAUUCACACAUCUACCCUAGUGGAAAUCAGUGAUACCAAACCUCUGAUUAAUGUCAGAGACCCUCGUGGUAUCAAUGACUGCCUCAAGGUGACGUUUGAGGAUGUGAUUGCUGAGCCGGUGUCUGUGCGAAGUGGGGACAGAGUAUGGAUCUGGAGUAAUGCCCUGUUUGAGGUGUCUAGGGUUUGGAUCUACAGGAUAGUCACAGUGCUUCUGGCAAUUCCCAUGUCAAUUAUCUCUGGUUUCCUCUUCGCAAUCCUCAGCUGCUUCCACAUCUGGAUGGUUGGUCCUUGUGUCCAGUGUAUCUUUAUUGGCACACGCUGGCUGCAGAGCCUGUGGACCAUUGUGCUUAGCAUCAUUCUGCGUCCCUUCUUCAAGAGCGCUGCAAGAUGCUGUGGAGGUUUCAGUAUUCACCUGGCCAAAGAAUGA